CUCUCUCUGGAAAGGGACCCAAACAGUCCAGUGUCCUCGUUAUGAAUUUCUUCAUGUGUUUUACAGUUAUCUGUAGUUUGCAGUUCUUGACCUUAUUUACUCGUUUUUAUUUUAGCAGUUUUAACCGUUAACAUGUUGUGGAAUAAUUUCGAAAAAAGAUACAAAUUUUAAAUGUGGAAAGCAUUUUUUAAAUGCGAAUUAUUAGUACUUAUAUAGCUUCUAGGUCACUUUACAUUUCUAAGGCUGUUACAUCAUUUUCAGAGCCGGUACAAUACAGAAUUUUAACUGUUAAAUAGCAUGUAAUGGUAGGAGCUCGGUACAAUUUAAGUAAUAGCGAACCGUUAAUAUUUGGGGGCGGACCGAAUCUAUGCGUCAUCUGAUCCAGGCAAACUUUGGAAGGAGGUGAGGUAACGUGAUUGGUUUGAGGCCGUGUCCAUCAUGCUGGCGGGGGCGGGGCCGAGAUGAGACGGCAAUAGGGAUUCCCCCCACCAACACUGCCCUUUCUUCUGUUGCUAGGACAAUUAUUUAAUGAGCAUUGUUGUAGUGGAGCGACGGGUCAGCAUGAUCAUGUACAUUUUUCACUUUUGAGAAGUAAAAUAAACCGUUUUGAAGGACGUCUGACGAGCGCUGUUUUCCAAAACAUGCGGAAGGGUCUUAUUAAAGGUUCGUUAUCACUUCGGGACUAAUAACUUUUCUUUAUCUUGUGGACUGUCGAUAUGCGUAGGGCAAGUGAAAGGUGUUUAGAGAAUUUUUGUGGUCAUUUUUGUUGAGGAGCUUCCGAAACACCGAUGGAUCGGACACCUUUUGCACAUAAGAAGCGCCCCCGUCUUAUUGAUGCACCCGUCCCAGUGGUGUAACGGGUGUUUCUGCAGUCUGGGCCUGAUUUCCGCCAAUAGAUCGUGCACCAUGCCUCCCAUCACUUUCCAGGACCUCCCGCUGAACAUCUACAUGGUCAUCUUUGGCACGGGAAUCUUCAUCUUCAUCCUGAGCCUGAUCUUCUGCUGCUAUUUCAUAAGCAAACUGAGACAUCAAGCUCAGAGUGAGAGAUUUGGAUACAAGGAGGUCGUAUUAAAAGGAGAUGCAAAGAAAUUAAGUCUACAUGGGCAGACGUGUGCAGUUUGCCUGGAGGAUUUCAAAGUCAGAGACGAGUUGGGGGUGUUACCAUGCCAACAUGCAUUCCACAGGAAGUGUCUUGUAAAGUGGCUGGAGGUACGUUGUGUCUGCCCCAUGUGCAACAAGCCGAUCGCUGCCCCCCCGGAGCAGCACCAGAGCAUCGGGACACUGCUGGAUGAGCUUGUGUGAUCUAACAGCCCCUUGGGGUGAACAAACUGUACAGAUACACCAAGACAGUCACACAUACACACUGUCCAAUGUGGUUUAACGGUGCCUACAUGUCAGACAAGUUUAAUACAAAGCAGGAAGAGGGAGGGGUGAUCGCACCAUUAAAAGGAAAGAAAACCUGUGAAGCAGAAGAUGUAGGUUGAGGGUUGAGGUGUGAUCUGCUCCGACAUGGACCCGAGCUGGCCGUCUCCUUUGUCUUCUGGAGCUGCCACUAAAAAGGGGCACACAGUCUUACAAGACAUUCCAACGUGAGAUUUUUGUAACAUUAGAGUGAACUUUAAGUGUACCGUGUGGCUUUGCCGUAAUGUCUGUGAGAACGCCGGCCACUCCGAUGAGGUCUUGCAGGACGGAAAGCAGUGCAAAGUUUAGACAUUUGUGUUAUUAUUUACCUGAAACCUUUAUCCGACUCGUGUACCAUGAGAUUUUCCAUUUGGAUACUCUGUCACACUGCACUGUCGGGCUCGAGGCAUCUGCACAGUGUGGGGAGGUUAUUUCAGGCAACAUGCUAGGGAAGAUUUUGAAACUGGCUGUGUUUCAGGGGCACUGUCAUUGUGGUCUGUGACACUGCCUUUCAGUAAAUGACAGCACUCCAGUCCUACACUGGUUUUACAUGACGUGCAUACAGUAAAGUUUUAGGCAGUGAAAAUCUUCAAAGUCGGCAUAUUAUUACAAAUUAAUGUUUGUUUUCCUGUUCGUUCCUAAUCAUAUGGACUGAAGGGUUACAAAGUGAACACGCUAAGAUUUUUUUAAGUGCGAUGAUGAUCUGUGAAAUGAGUACAAGCAGCUCACAUGAAAUGAAUAAUUUCUAAAUAAAACAACAGUGUCAGGAUGUGGGGACACGAGGCGGAGAGGCUGAGCCUCAGGGAUUCAUACUAAACAUGGUUCUAUGUGGUUUUAUGCAUUUAUUUGUAAUAAGUUAUACUACAAAACAUGACAAAAUGCAUUCAAUUUAUAUGUGACUGCCAGAAACAACUUAUUUGAUAAAUAAAAAUAGAGAUCUUUAGGGGAAAUUGAUAAUUUCCAAAAUAUAGUUCUAUAAUUAUCCAGGCCCUAAUAUGUAGUGACAUUCGUGUACAUUCAAAGAACUUAAUCAAAUGUUAGCCAAUCAUUCCUAUGGAUAGGGAGUGUGUUAUUUUCCCCCAUUUUCACUUUUAUUGCUCUUGUGGCUUACUUGGAAGAUUUGACUAUGCUCUGAGUACAAGUAAUUUAUCAUUUUCAGUGGAAACAUGUAUAUAUGUAAGACACCGGGAAUGUGAUCAGCCGUGGAAGUGACAUACUAUUAGAUGUAAAUAUGUAAAAAAAAAAAAAAAUAGCAGCAGCAAGGUGCCUCUUGAGUAUAAUGCAUGAUGUUUGUUUUCACCUUAAUUGGCCAUGUAGGCCAGAAAACAUGGCAGAGUGUUUUAAACCUUGUGUAGGUUUGUCACUCAGUAUGUAUCCUUUAUGAUAAAUACCAUUUUAUACAAGAGCGUUCUAAGUUAUUCAUUUUUUUCCUUGAAUAAAUACAUGAAAAAAAUCAUAAAGAUUGAAA